AUGGCGCCUAUUUCGCUCAAAGAUCCAAACAUCCAAAGGCUUACUGAAGAGUUUGUGAACGUUUUGACAGGUUUUAAGGUGAUAUACGAUAUUCAAACAUUUGAGAGUACAAUAUAUUAUAUCGAGGCUGGCUGUAUUUUGUUUUUUUCCUGCAGAAAUCGUCGAGAAAUUUUACCGUGUCUGUGCAGUUUGCUCUGUCAAAUUUUCGGUAAGUGAAGAACUCAGAAAGAACAUUGGCUUUGAUCAAUGAUGACCGUUCUAACAAUUAUAUUUCUUUUUGGGGUAGCUAUCAUCAGUUUCUUGAUGUCAACAGUCUUAAAGUCGAAAGAAGCAUUGAUGGGUGAGUAUAUUAAAAUGCCCGUAUGAAUUAUAUCGGUACUCAAGGACAUUUUUUGUCCGCCAAGGGACACUAUCCGCACUCCCGCCCCCCACAAAGAUGGCUAACGCAGGGCUGUCACUAAAGGCUGGUUUUCACUAGCGACGGAGUCGGAGUUGGAGUCGUAAUUAAUCAGAAGCGUAGAGCUUCUGAUCUAGUGAAAACAGUGUUCCGAUUCCACUUACAACUCCGUCACUUAUGUUCUGCUUGUGAAAACCAGAUUAUCGGAGUCAGAAGCAGAGGCAGAAGAACCAAACCAAUUGCAAAGCAUGGAAAUGUGCAUUGUCAUUGGUUUAUCCUUCCGCUUCUGCUUCCGACUCCGACAAUCUGGUUUUCACUAGAUCAUAAGCAGAACGUAAGCGAUGGAGUCGUAAGUGGAGUCGGAAGAAAUGCAAACAUUCUGAUUCUUCUGACUCCUCUUCUGCCGCACUUAUGACUCCUCUUACAACUCCGAUUUUUGAUUUUCACCAGGUCAUAAGUACUCUUAGGACUCCGCUUACGACUCGGACUCGGACUUCGUUGCUAGUGAAAACCAGCCUUAAGGAUCGGGGGCGGAGGAUUUUUCCCUUGCUACGCUGAGCACGACUCCUAGCAACUUUGAAACUAAAGGAAAAUGGAACAUAAAGGACUUCCCGCUGCAAAUCCCCAAUAUUUUAUUGGUGCACUCUGAUGGGUUGACUUUUUGGUGGCAUGUUUGAAAAAAUUGUCCACAGGAUAAAAAAAAAUUGUUGCCUUUUUUGAAAAAGCAAAUCUAAACUCCCCAAUUCAAGAACCCGCCAUUGUUAAGGGGGGGGGGGUUGGAGGAGGGGGGCUUGUGCAGAUAAAAAAUGGAUUGUCCCCAAGAUGGAAGGAAUCCGAGCCCUCACUGUUUUUGUUGGUGCCUUUGAAAAAUGAAUAGUUGAUUUUUUUUGUCAGCUUAAAGGGUUGGAGGGGUUGAAAUUUUGUCUGCUUCUUAAAGAAAAAAUCUGACUCCCCCCAACCCCAGCCCCCGCUGCUUGUAUAGCCUUCUUUCCUUUAGUAUGGCCUGGCGCACGCUACUGGUGUACACGGCUAAGAAUCUCACAUCGUUUGGCUCUUAUGAACUUAUUAAAACUCAGAUCGCAUCGAUAUUUGGCAAGAAGUUAAAGUUUAUAAACAGCUUUUCAAUGAAUAUUUUUUUCCUGGCUGUAAGACCAAAAUAAAAUUGAAAUAUGAAAAAUAUGGCUCAAAAUGGGACCAUUUUUUAACAGCUCGCGUAACAUUUAUAGUCUAACCACGCAUAUUGUGGGAUUUCUCUGUUUCUGUUAAUGGUACUUUGGAAAAAUUUCUCUGAAGAGGUCAGUGACUUAUGAGUACUAACUGUAUUAAAAAUUACUGAACAUAAUGGCAAAACAACAAAGUUAGGGCGUUUUCAGAAAGAUGUUCUGUCUACAUACGAUCUCUGUGCAGCGAACGUCAAUUUAAAAGAUUGCUUUUCAUUGACUUUCUGUUGAUGUUAAGAGAAGAAAUAAUAAUUUUGGAAUGCUCAUAAGUUAAAUUUUCCUUAUAGACUAACUGUUAAGACUUGGGAAACCCAUUUUUACGCUAAGAUCAAAUAUGUAAGGUUAGACAGCAUUUUUUAACGUGAAAAUUAAAAACCGUCGCGUUGGACCGAAAAUCGGAUUCUAGAGUGUGCUUUGGCAUAAAGAUUUUGUGCCUAAAAUGUGCCUAAGAUGUGCAGAAAGUGUGCAUUUUAGUUUUGAAAAACGUGCCUAAGCCGUGCCUAAGUUGUGCCCAAACUGUGCCUAAUCUGUGCACAAGUUGUGCCAAAAUAUUGAGUCACUCGGGAAAUCGUGUCCAGCCUACCGAGCUCCACAGCGAAAGAAAAGGGCGCACGGCAAUUAUGUCAGUUUUGAGGCUUACGAAGUCUAGAAACACGGUCUGACGACCUUUUUAUCCCCUAAUAUAAGAAAUAACAUGACUCAGAAUACCGUUAGAGACAGCAGGGAAAGCCCCGACAAACAGGAAAAUGGAAUCUUAAACAGGUUAGCGUAUUUAAAGUAAGUGCUCAGCUCAAUUACAUUGUUGAUAUUAUGCUAAUUUCAUCGAUGUUAAAAAAUUUCCAAGUAGGUUUCUUCUCCCCUUCUUAAUGGAGCGUUUAGUUGGAACGAAAUAUUUGUUUUUUUCAGGAGGGCAGAUUUGCAUUCAAGAAAAGAAUUUACUUGUGAUAUGACUUAAAAAAUGAAAACGAAAAAAUUGAUUGCACGCCGAUGAGUUUUGAAAUAAAUGGCACGUCUCAUCGAUUAUUAUACGAUCAAAGCUUAAUUUGCUAACAGAGCCAGAAAACAAAAACAAACAAGCAGCUUGAAUUAUUUUACUACAGUGUAAAUCCUACUUUUUAGUUAGAGAAAUAUUUUUAAAAAAGCAGCCGCAUUUUGUAUUUAAAAACAACACGCGUUGGCAUGAAGGUUUCAAAUUACCACUUUGUACUUUUCAUGUUGUUAUGCAAAUUCAGGCCAAUUUUACCGCGAUCGCAAAAAGUAUUUUCUACGACUUUUAUUGGCUAUUUUUGUGCCUCACUUCUUUAGCUUUGUUUUUGUUAUUAUGGCUUCGACUUUCUUUCACGAUUUCUUUUAGAAACGAAAGAAAGCGAGUCUAUAAAAUUGCAUGGCAAUCGAAAAGGUUCAGACCGGCAUAUAUCGCGUGUGAAUUUCCACUUUAUGCUCGGAGUAAACACGGACUGUCGAAGAAUACUUUAAUUUUCCCGACUUUCGGUAGCUCAAAACUUACACUUCCUAUACUUCUAACUGUAUCGUGUUUGAUCUGAAUUAUUUUUGUAAUUCGUACCAAGUUUGUUCUUUUUGCAAGUCGGGUUACAAAGAUUUUCAAAAAAGUGCCCAGCGUUGAAUAUUUGUGCCCAAACCGUGCCUAAACCGUGCCAAAACUGUGCCUAAAGUGUGCCUUAGCAAUAUUUAAAACGUGCCUUAACUGUGCCUAAAGUGUGCCUAAUCUGUGCCUUUGCAUGUUUUUUUCCCGUGCUUUGGCACAAAAACCGUGCCUUUUCUUGAGCGCGAAUCGUGCGUAAGGCACGGUGUUACGCUCGUGUACACCAGUAGCGUGCGCCAAGCCGUAUGGGUGUGGCUAGAAUGUGGAACAUCUUAGUGGUGUGGGUGGGGGGUUACUCCAUUUAUAAUGGAAUACAGUGUAUACCCGGAGGCUCCACCCAGAAGGCGUAUCUUUUUUAACAGGUCUCAGUUUUAAGAAAAUAAUGGUGGGGAUUUCGCCUGUUUCAGUGUGUAAAAAGCCCUAUUAUUUUAAAGAGGUCUAACAGAUACUUUUUAUGGGUGUGAAAAAAGUUGUGAAAAAUGUUCUGGUUUUGUGAUUAAUUCAUAUUUUAAAUAGAGUGCCUUUACAGUAGUUAAAAGGGAUGCAAAGUUCUAAACUUGUCAGUAGAAGGUAUACAAGAGAGGUUCCUUUUUUUGUCUAAAAUGGUAUAUAAAAGGUUAAGGGAUUGGACCACCCGUAUAAUACUUUGUUGAGUUUGCCCCUCCCCCCUGGGGUGGAACAUCUCUGGCUGAAGUAUUGUGGUAGCUUUGGUGCGCUGUUUUUAUACAUGAAUAAAGUGUUCACUUUUGGAGUGAGGGGGGGGGGGGGGGGUAGAAUGAGUGCACUGUUAGGGGUAUAGAAUGGUAACUCGAAAAAUGUGGGUCGAAGAAAAUUUUGGCUUGGUCUCGGAGUCUCAGGAGUGUUUUUGAUUGGUCUCAGAUCCUUGUUUUUGGAUGAUUUUUGUGUCUCGUAGCUUCAAAUUUUCUUGCUGUCAGGUCUUGGAGUCUCAUAUUUGUCCUUUUUUUCUUUCCGUUUGAUCUUCAGGAGAAGAAUCUUUCAGAGUUUGUGGGUGUGUGUAUCGAACUGAGUAUUAAAAGUAGAUUAAGACAGUAAAACACGACAGACCAGUACACCGGGUAUUGGUGGGCUUCUGCUAGCUUCCGUUGGCGCUUUUGAUCAUUUUAUUUAGCUUUGUUUGUACCAUUUUCUCAAAAUAUUCAGCAUUAAUUUUAAAGUCUUGGUCUCAAAUUUUGAAAUCAGGGUCUUGUAGUUAUGCAAAGUCUUGAGUCUACCAUUCUAUACCCCAGACCUGCUGUUUUCCUCAGGUUUGGCACUGAGAUGACAGCUAUUUCAAGAUACUGAUGAAAAUAAAGACUCUACCCAACUGUCCAACUGGCUUUCCUAUGCCUUAAUCCUGUCAUGUUCUGUUUUGAUUAUUUUGUUUCACAGUACAUCAUUUGAGGGGAGUGUAGAACUAGGCAGAAAAACUAGGUGCACUUCCUUUACUAAAGCUCUACUUUACUUUUAAAUUUAUAAACUUCUUUUGGACUGCUAACUCCCUCUUGGAUUAUACUUGUAUUCAGUCAAAUUGAAAUCCCUUUUGUAUGGCUUGUUAUUCACAGUGUGUGCCAAAAGUUGAGGGUUCAUUCACAAGCUGAGAAGGCAGAGAUCCUGAGAAACUUAUGCAACAGAUUCCUUGACUUGCCUUUGUCUUCAAGUACACAGGAAAAAAAGGUACUGGGACAUUGGUAGUCUUUGAACUAGAGCCUAAAUAAGCUAAGAAAUUUUAAUUAUUCAAGACAAGUAAAUUUAAAAUACUUCAAGUAAAAUAAAGCUUCCACAUCAUAUAAACCAGUUCUUUUUUACUUCAGGUUAACAGAAGGCUAUUUUCCCAUGUAAUAGAAUUAAGAUCAAUUGUCAUGCUUAUAACCUUUCUCAAAGUACAAGAAACCACAAGUUCGCAAAGUCAGUUUUAAGAAUGGUUCUCAAGUCACUCGAAACUUUUCUUCAAUCAUUUCAACUUUCCGACUUUAAUGAGAUGCAAUAUUAGUAAACUAAAUUGAGAUUUUACUUAAGCCUUCACAGACGCAUCUUUGGUUAAGUAAAACCUAGCAUCGCUUAAGUCUUACUUAACAGCCAAGUGUAAAGAUUACCACUGUUUGAACUAUGUUAAGUGAUUCAAUGUAACUUCUACAACCUGAUACACCCUUAGAUAAUCACCCUCGGAAAGUUGAAAAAGUGUCUGCAUCUGGAGUACGGGAAUGGUUAAAGGCAAAGAAAUGCACAUAACCACUACACUAAAAAGUGAAAAUUGCUGUGUAUCACCCUGGGCCCAGUUCCUUGAAAGAUUAAGCCAAAUUUCAAGCAAGGUUUUUUCAUCUAAGAACAUGCAACUUGAGGUUACAAAAUACUGCUGAACCUUAAAGAGAUCUAUACAGUAGUGAUAACACAAAAUGUUACCCUAAGCAAUGCAUAACCAAAUUUUAAUCCUUUAAUGCAAAACCUUUGAGAACAAAAUUUUCCAAUCCUCUGUUAAAACUAUUAAAUCUUAAAAUGCUUAGAAUAUUGGUCUUUCAGAUGAAACCUACGUAGAUGAGCAUUCUUUUGUUUUGGAAGAUAAUACUGUUUAUAAAAAAUAAAAAUUCAAAUUUGACAUUAUUAUUUUCCUUUUCUCACAGGAGCUGGGAAUUAGUUAACUUAAAUUCAUGAAUAAUCAGUUAAUAUUUAUUUUAUCGUCAAUGAAAUGUUUAUUUUUCAGACUGAUGCUCACUAUUCUCUCCUUCUGCUGCUGUUGACACUCUCCGGUUCUCCAACAAGUGUGGAUUAUGUUCCACUGACACAGGAAGAGGCUCCAGGUAAAUAAUAUGAGACUUUUUCCAUAUUUUUCUUAAAAGCGGGCAAGAUCAAGUACUUUAACCGCGGCAGGAUUUGCUCAGUUGGUAGAGUGCUUGACUGCAGAGCGGGAGGUCGUGGGUUCAAUUCCCGGGGUCGGACCAAUACUCAGGGUAUUAAAAAAACUGAGAAAUGAUGGUACUCCCUUAGCACUGCAAGCAGCUAGACCUUCGCGUGGCUUCGGAUGACCACGUAAAAUGGCAGUCCCAUCUCCGGUUGGAGACAUAAAAAAAGUGUCGCCAAUUAGUACUUUCGUGCUAGAUACUGUGACACCCGAAUAAGGUGCAUUUUUUUGGCUUUGGAUGCAUUAGAUUGAUAGUACUGUUCCAGAGUAAGAAUAAGCAAAUGUUAUGUUAAAUGGUAAUUCUACCAUUGGUUUUGGACCAUUUAAAUGCUACCCUGUAUACAUCAGUAUAUUACAUUUUCUAGAUCCUGGGAUACAGUGAAUGCUUAAUUAAGUGAUUUCUACAGUUUAUUCCAUUAAUUGUUAUUCCCAAAUAUGGUCAAUCAAACCUUUCUUUACUGGGAGCCAUCUUGGUUUCAAGCAUAUACCAAGUGUAACUUGGGGAAGAGUGUCAUAUCUGCCUCAAGGAGGGGGUGGAGGGGGGAAUUGGCAAGAUAAGAUACCAAGAUGGCUCCAUGUUAAAAUAUUAUUAGUACAGGGAGCAGGUACUCAGUCUAGACAAUCUUACAGAACAAUGUUUAUGUACAUGUAAGCUGAGGUCUAUAAACGGUCUAAGUUGAUUAUUUACAAAGAUUAUGAUACAUGUACGGUGUUAUUGUUAAGUCAAAUUCCCAGUCUUUUUUUAAUCAGGAACUCAUUUUACACGGAAUCAUUUGUCAUUUGACAUUUCCUUGCCUAUUAUAAUGACAGUUCUCGUGGCCAUUAGGUAUGGAGUAGUCAUUGAAAGUCGCCACUUGCAGUCUUUGGUUUUAAUAUAAUUAUUUUCUCCCCCAUACUGGUUGUUUACACAUAGUUGUAUCAUAAAUUGGCAUGUUGUCACUGCCUCAAGACUGUUAAAGGUGGUGACUGUUCAUGUUGACAUUAUUUUGAACUGCAGAAGAGGAAUGGUUUGACUGGAAAAGUUAUUUAUUAGAUGGAGAAGAAGAGGAAAUUCUUGGCAUUCCCGCUGACCACUAUCAGGUAUAAAUUAAUACUGUUGUCAGAUCUUACACUGAUAUAAUUUAUUUGUAUUUAUUAUUUUAACAUCAUAAAGGUGUAUCUUCCAUACAAAAAAAAACAAAUACAUGUACAUGUAUGUAUCUUCGUCCUAGCUAGUUCAGUUUUGGAAAAAAGAAGGCUGGUCUGGUCUAGCCGUUUAAAAAAACUGGUAAUUAUUAAGAUCAUGCUAUGGUAUAGCUGUAGCUAUUAAUUACAAUAGAAAAGACCUUGACUUUAUGCAAACAACACCUUGAGUUCAUGAGCAGUUCAGAUAAUGGUAUCAUUGGGUGGCAAUGUUAAACAGUUGCAGGCCUUGUCUCCUUCAUCCUUCCUCAUUGGAAGGAGUGAGGUUUAAAGAUCCCGUAAUGUCUGAAAAAAAUUGGGCCAUGGAGCCCAAGGCAGUGGCCUUAUAUUUUUCUCGUGCUUUGUUUAGGAAAGGGAACAAUGCAAUAUUAAAGCUUUUGGCCCACACUAAUUGGCAAACUAAGAUAAUGAAAUGAGAGAAAAUUUGUUUGUGUUUUAAUUACCAUUAUUUUUUCAUUACUCACUAAAAAUUUGCUUCAACUAAUUAUUAGAAGCACUACCCAGGUCUGCUUAGGGAUGCGUCAUCAGUAUAGAAUUUCUGCGCUUGUUUCUCAGACAUUAUUUGCAGGGAAACCAGUGGUGACAUGACCGUCACCUGGUGAAAUGUUGGCUAUUUUCUCAGACUACUGUACAUGUAACAUAUGCACAGGCUAACAAUAAUUUACUGGCAUAAUAUUAUAUUUGUGACUGCAGGUUAUUUACAAACUUAUCAUAGUAUUUUUUACUGUUCUUUCAUAGGCAUGGUCAGAUGAAGAGGUAAGAUUUUAUUGUAAAGUGCAUUUUAGGUGCUGAAAAGCCAUUUGUACCCAGCCUGAAUUCUCAAGUUGCUCAUGAGUAAUAAGUAUUGUUUAUUGUUAUGUAACUGUAACUGCAGGAUGAUGAGCUGGAGGCUGCAAUUGAUUCUGGAAUCAGUGUCUUUGAGGGGCACCCAACAGUGCAGCAUCCUGAUGGUCAAUUACAGGAAGUGAGGGAACAUGGAGGUGGAGAUCAACAAGAGUUAUCGCAAACACCUUCCAGUUCUAGCAAGGUGAAUAUCAUUCUUGUGGCCAGAAAAAUUAAACUGAGAAACAUUAUUCAACGUAUAAUUGAUGUUUUGUAUAUCAAUCAUCAUCAAGAAUGAAAAUCAUUAAAUGUAAAAGUUGUUUAAAGAGUUGAAGUUUGAUCAAAAUUAGAUUGAAUUUGUGCACUGUGCUUGAUUAUUAUGCAGAUGUCUGAUAGAGAAGCUUCAUGCAAAUCGAGUCUGGUUGCAUGUUAUUAGCGAUGAAAUAUCUUGUAAAUACCUUUUUUGUCUAUGAUGUUGUUUGAGUCAGUCAUGUAAUAAUAUUCUUCUCAAUUAGCUCAAAUAAUGAGCACAAAUAGGUACAAAAUAAUAAUUAUUUUGUUAUACUUCUUUUAUAUUUCUGCUCAAUUAUGUCGUACUUUUUUUGCAAAAUAUUCAUAAAAACUAUGUUUUAAUUUAAGUAAUUUCCUUUCUUUUUUUUGUCUUUUAACCACCAUCUUAAUUAAAUUAAUAUGAUUUUCUGCAGGUGGAGAAAAGCUGGAUUUCAGAUAACAUUGUUGAUCAAUACUGGCAAGAACCACUCAGAAUCAAUCAGCUAGACAUGCUGCAGAGUAGGAACUGUUCUGUUACAGAUGCCUGGUAUAGUACUGUACAGUCAUAUCACUAACAUGCAUGCAUUCAGAUUGUUUUUCUAAAGAUCUCUGCUUUGUUUUGUUGAAUCCCCACUUUGAUUGGUGCUCCUGUGCUUCUCCCACUUUGCUUGGUGUGCCUGGACACAUGGUUACGUGUAGCAUAAAAUUAUAUACUGUUUUUUUGUAAAAUGGCCUAUUUCAGACUUGCCAAGUCUCACAACUGUGUCGUGAAUCUCAUGAUUUGAUGACUCAUCUCAUUCUCUUUAAAGUUGACAACUGAUUUCUCAUGCUUUCAGGAAAGUCAUACUCCAACAAAUUGGAGCACCUGUAGGGUUCAUUAUUAUUCAAGUUAGGUAUUAGGAAACUCAUUCUAAAGAAAACACCUAUCAUUUGCAUUUGAUUAGUAAAUUUGUGAAUUUACCACUGGCUAAUCACAGAACUAGUGGUGAGUGGAACAAUGUUGGUGUCUAUUUCCUUGCUAAAUUCUCCUUCCAGGUUACCUAACUCACUGUAGUAUGGAGAAUAAUUGACAUAAGAUCAGUUUUCACAUAAGGCCAUAAUAUAUUCCACUUACCUCUCUAUUAAAACAUGUAGUAACAAGAUGUUGGAGUCUAUAAUUAUAUUAACGGUAACCUAUCAAAUCGUAGGGAAAGCUAUCAACAGCAGUGUAAUCCAUUCUACCACAACAGCUGUAAUAAAACACUGACAGAAACCCAGAUUGUGAGAGAGACCUUGUGGUAAGCUUCCUUCUUAUUCAGAAUUUAUGCAGUGCAGGGUUUUCAAUAAGGUUUUAAGUAGGUGGCAAAAGCUUUGGAGUAGGCGGAGAAGGGAAAAACUCAUGCCACAGGCGCAACCUGCGAGGGUCAAAAGCACAAGUUACUAGGAGGGUAUAGGGGCAUGUCCCCUAGAAGCAUUUUGCAAUCUGGGCCUCUUAGAUUGCAUUUCCAGAAUUCUGGAGCAAAAAUUAGAGUGUUUGAGCAGAACACAGAUAUCAUUAAAUAAUUUUUACUUUUCUGGGUCUUUUUUUCCAAAGAAAAGUAGGCGGCCAGCUCUCAUUGAAAACCCUGUGGUGUUAGAUCUCACAUUUUACAGCCAUAUACAGCUAUAUACAGUACUGUACUACUGUUUUGUGUAGAUUUAAGGUGAUGUUACAUGGGACAACUUGACAAAUCAUACUCCAACAAAGUUGUGCUCAGAGAACUGUUGAUAUCUCGUUGCAUUUAUACACUGUGCAAUUUUUUCACUAUUUUAUUUGACAAAAUCUUGUGUCAGCCUCAAAUCAUAUUUACCAUGAUCAGGCAGACCACAAGUUCAGCUCAUGUUGUUUCGAGUAACAUAGCAAUGUACAUGUACCUCGCCUUAGAAAACAGCUGAUGUUUUGUGACGUCACCAGUGGUUUCCCUGCAAACCAACAUGACAUCUGAGGAAUGACUGCAAAAAUUCCAUACUCUGAUGACAGGUAACUACGCAGAUCUGGGUAGUGCUUCUGAUUGGUUGUGCUGUGAGGGAAUUUUGCUUCAACCAAUCAGAAGCACUGCAUAUACCCAGAUCUGGGAAGCGUCACUUCAUCAAUAUGGAAUUUCUGUAGUCAUUCCUCAGAUGUUAUUUUUUGGCUAGGAAACCAGCAGUGGUUGCGUCACAAAAUGUUGGCUGUUUUCUCAGCCUAACAUGUUCCUGCUGUCCAUUUUUCACAGAUGCCCUAGAGCCCUAUUCAUUGUGUAUUAUGUCAAGCCAUGUAUUUCAAUAUUGUUUAUUGUGUAAAAUACAUUGUAUUUAUUGUAGGAUGCUAACAGGAGCACAGAACACCUUUGUGUAUAGGAAUAUGCAUCAUGGUAUUUUAGCAGUCAGGGAAAACAUUCAAGUUCUCCAUCUAACCCCAGUAUGUCGUGCUGCUCAGUUAUUUAUUGUACAGUCAGGGUGCAAAGAAUGUCCGUUUUACAGCAUGUACUAGCCCACAAGUCAUUAACUAGCCCCAAAACCCUUUUUGAUUGGCACGAUUGAUUACAAUCCUUCUGAAUUUGAAUUUCCUCCCAAAACAGCACUUGCCCGUCGGGCAAGUUAAAAACAAAAAUCACUAGCCCAAUAGCAAAAUCCACUAGCCCCGGGCUAUCGGACACGACUUUCUUUGCACGCUCAAAUAAUGGUAUUCAAACAUGAAUGAAAAACCUCAACUCUUCGUUAUGAAUACAGUCGAACUUCCAUGUGCAACUACCUGUCGUAAACAACCACCUUAAAUAAGCGGCUGCCUAUCCAGAACACGAAAAUUUUCGCUGUCAAAGCUUUACAGUUGGAACCUCACGUAAACGGACACUUCUCGUAAGCGGCCGCGACCACUUCUUAGGAUGACGGUUUAAGAAUUUCCCAUCGUUUUUAACCUCUUCAAAGCAGCAACCUGAAAAAACGGUUUGAUCUCUGUUUCACAUUAUGAUAGGGACUAAUAGGCUCCUCAAGAGUUUGAAGAGAACUUUUAAGAACAACAUGCAUUUGUAACGCCUUCCCAGUUGUUUUGUUUAACACGUGACCCGGUCACGCGCAUCCGGGUUUUCAGUUUUUUGUAAGCUCGACUAGAGAGCGGAGUGUUUUUGGCAACGUCGCCCAAUAGUUCUUUAGAUGGCAUUACAGUCUUUGACGGUCCCUUCGGUCCGUUAACAUCUUGUGAACCAGCAUUAAACGGAACUAAGGAUCUUGUUAGACGUUUUGGUCAUUGUGGAGUGAACCUUUCAGAAUUUCUGCAACGCAUGUUGCCCUCGCGCCGCCUUCACCCAAAAGCGGUCGCUACAGCAUUUACAUAUUGUAACCUAAUAGAGAUGGCAUGCAAUACUUUCUCUUCACUAAGUAUCUAUAUGCGAACUUCUCCUCGUAAAAGACUGCUGCAGUUCAACUGUCAUAAGCGACCACCUCCCGUAAAUGACCAUGUGCCCAAAAUUGAGUUGUUUUCUUUGUUUGUUUAGGAGUGUCUGAACAUUUUGCUGUCGGUUUUUGUUGUGGUUGGACAACGGAGUCACUCUUUGCAGAAGUUUGUCUCAUCAGCUCUCAAUCCACAUGGUGAAUCAACACAAACAUUGCAAGCUUUUGCCACUGCACUCUCUUCUUAUUUCAAAGUAAGUGUAACUAUGCAACUCUAUGCAAUGAUGAUAACGAUAAUAAUAAUAGUAAUCAUCAUCAUCAUCAUCAUCAUCAUCAUCAUCAUAAUUAUAGUUAUAGUCAUAGUCAUAAUCCUUUCCUCUACUUAAAUUCUUCCUAGUUAUAAAUUUCGCACCUCGAUUAGCCAAGCUAUUUGCGUGCAGAGGAUUAAUUAUAUGUUAAAUUCAAUCUAAUUUAAUUUGUCAGAACUUCCAUGAAGAUCAGUAAUCUUAAACUUCAACUUCUUAAUCAUUAUCAUAAUCAUAAUAAGUAAUCACUGGAUAAGGGCUGAGUAUGGUCUGAAGAAUUAUGGAGAUUGAGGGGGAAGUCAUCUGCCAAGGCCGAAGGCGAACUCGCUUGCCAUUAAGAUCAAUGUUAACACCCUCCGAUCAGCCUUCGUCGAUGUUAUGUUCGAUUCCCGUCUCUAUUUGCCUGUUUCUCAGCAAGUUUAGGGAUGUUUAGUAUAGCAGAUAUUCUUUUACCAUCAAGUUGUAUUCAGAUUGCUGUUCUAGUUAUGUUGUUAGGCAGUAGUUAUUUAGUAUGGCCCGAGCUUAUAGAAGCCCAUAACCCAGAGCGAGUAUUUCCCGUAAUAGCCCCAUGUCACGGCGUUUUUACGGAUCAGUUUAUUUUUAGACACAUUUUAGGGCACUUUUUCCCGCGAGAAGAGAAUCUCCACCAUGACUGUGAGCGCAUUCGAAGUAUAAGAUAUCAAAAAGGAAAACUAAACGUUAUUAAAAGGCAAAAAAUAUAAUUUUUAGGCCUGUAGGUUUUACUGACUGGUUUGUGGAAUUUAAAGAAUAUUUAAAAUUUGCGCCAAAACCGUUCUAAAAAUAAAACUCUAAGCGCAUGGAAGUUGUUCGCUCCGGUUUAUGGGCUUCCGGUAUCGCAAUUUCCUCUUUGCAAAACGUAUGAAACGUUCUGUCAUUUUGUCUUGCUCUACCAAAACAAUACAACCUUAUCCCAGAGCUUCUCGGUUGCCAUCCCUUUUUCUGGUGAUUACCGGUACUAUUGACGUCAUUUUCCGGAUAUCGCAAAAAUAAUUUGGUCAACACUAGCUUUCCUUUAUGUUCUUGUCUACGUGAACGUGACUUAAAUUUUGUUACUUACAACAAGAAAAUAGAAAAAUAUAAUAGUAGAAGUCUCUAUCUUUCGUCAAUUAAACCAGGAAGAUAAUAAUAGUAAUGCAUAUGGUAAUGAUGAUAAUAAGGAUAAUAAUAAUAAUAAUAAUAAUAAUAAUAAUAAUAAUAAUAAUGCCGAUAGUAGUUAUAAUAAUAAUGCCGAUAGUAGUUAUAAUAUCAAUAAUAAUGAUUCUUUUUGCCAGGAAUACAAAGCACUUUUGUCAUCUAUCGAAAAGGAUAUUAUUAAACAAGGUUAGUGCCCAUCAUCACCAUCAUCUAGUUAUUACUGUGUUUCAGUGCCACCAAACUGUUUUAUAAAUCAUUGACGUUAGAAGAAAUUUUUAUACUGAGCACUUUUAGGAUUUUAAGGGCUAGUAAAGCAGUAUUUCAAUAGUUUAUGAUGGUAUUAUUAUUAUGCCACUGUUGUUAUGACUCGAUUAAGUCUGUACAGUGGGACCCGCUUAAUAGUCAAACACCAAAGGGGACAUGCCAUAGUGUCCGUAUUAUCUGGGUGUCCGUGUUAAUUGAAACUUGUGUAAUCAUAUGAGAAGGCAGAAAACUUUAUUAAACGACCACAGUAUAAGGGUUAAACACCGGAAGAUAGACGAAAUGAUCAAAAUCAAGCAUGUCAAGCUAUUUUGCUACUGUUUUUAAGAGAUAAGGUCGUAUUAACCCAUAGAAAUCUUUUAUUAUUGUGUCUGUAGAGCGGGGUUUCACUGUAGUACAUUGGAAAACUGAAAACAAACACAUUGGGUCUUGUUUAAAUUGUUUUUCAGAAGUUUCAGUCUCGCUUUCAUUACUUAAGGACAAGCUGAAGACAACACUUGAUGAGGUUAAUUAUUAUAAAUAUUUUAAUUGUAUGACUGACAUACAUCUGAUCAUUAAUGGACAUUAACAGCGUAAACUGAAAGGUGGUUUUAGUUAGAAGAAGGAAGCAGAAGAAUAGCUUUUUCAAAUACACGAGGUUCUCUCCCUCUCCUACUUUCAAAGUUGUAUUGAAUACAGUCUUGUAAUCCUUAUGAGGGGAAGGAGGCAUGAAUUAAGCAAAGUGUAAUUAACACAUUUUUAAAUCUAUUAUGUUAAAGGCGGGUUUCUCAAACCUUUGUAAAACCAGUUGUAGUUAAAACAUUCUGUUACAACAGAAUCUUAUAUGUUGUAGUUCAAAAUGAAACACAUAGUUAAAUGAUUUCAAACUACAUGUACAUGAUUCCCAAUUUCCUUCUUCCUCUAGCCCUACUUAUUCAUAAUUAUGAACAACAUCAAUUCCUUAUGUCUUCUAACCUUAAUUGUUGAUUACAGAAUAGACAUAAGAGGUAUAUCACGCACUUUUCAUUCCUUUUUAACUUUGGCUCAAGUAGUACAAAUCGUGCAACUUAUGGGAAAAAUAAAAUAGUGGUUUUAAAGUAUCAUUGUGAUUAACCAAAGAUUGAUAAUGAGUUUCUUUAAUAUGAUACGUAAUAGUAUGUAUUUUAUAUUGUAAUUCGUCUUGUACCGAAUUUGUUUUUCAGAUAAAUACACUGUUCAGUGUUUAUCAGGCUAUUUUCUUGGAGGCCGGAGAACUUAACACUGCACAGGUAUAGUUUAUGCCGUUGCGGAAACAUUCUUUGAUGAAAUUCCAAUCCUAUCCGAUCCUUUUUCUUUAAAGAGAAACUGUAAUCUCUUUUGCAGAAAACUUGCAGGUUACUAACUACACUCUACAACACCAUUGUACAAGCAGAUGACCUUGGAAAUGCUGGAAAAUGGAAGGUUUGUGUAUGAAAAACUUCCCAAGCCUUUUCACUCUUACUUAAGAAUGCUGGAAAUCUGGGGUGCUUACCAUCUAAUCCGGUUGAAAAACUGGCGCGUGAACAUUCGUGGAUUAAAGCUGACAUUAUGGUCGAAGAAUUCACCAUAAAGACAAGUGUGUCCAGCUCAGCUGAAAAUACUUAAGAAAAAAACUAAAAAAAAAAGAUAUUAAAAAGCAGUAGAAACAGUAAAUUGGCUCAAGUCAAACCGUAUUUUCUGAAGCUUUUCAAACCGUUUUAUUUCCAAACAGAAUCUCUCCUUUUUCCCCAUGUAAAUGGUAGGUACCCCCUAAUCCAAGAUUUUUUUUACAUGUCGUGUUGUGGAAUUGUCGCAUCACCGGGAUUUCAUUCUCAAACUCGAGAAUUCGAGAAAGAUGGAAGGCUACAUUACAAGUUCUCCUUAUUAAACCAUGCUGUAACACCAGUGUGUGCCUGCAGUUUCUAUGAAUAAGCCAGGCCAUUCAGCAUGAAAAUCGCGUUUGCGCAAUGACAUGACUAAAAUGACGGCUAGAAUACUGUUUUUGAAAGCAACCAGAUGAAAGCUGGUCAAAAUGACGCACGUUUUAACUCGAUUCCCAAAAGGUGUCACAGUCUUUCUCUUCUUUUCUUGCCAAUUUUUUGAAGGACAAUUUCACUUGAUCUCUUUCUGUUUGUGCUUGAAAGCUUUUAGCCUUUCGUUUUCCCUUGCCGAAACAUCAUGGCAUGUAUUUCCUUGUGACAUUUAUACAUCCGCCGUUUGCGGGACCGAGUUGUUCAAAGCUGGGUGAAGAUAACCCAGGGUUAAUGCGAAAUUUAAAUUCAGAUUUGAAAGCUUAAAAAGCGUAUUCAGUUAAAUUCUUUUUAUGUACAAUAUGAUGAUUGGAUGAUCUUAAAAGAAUAGAGAAAAUUAUUCGAGAAACUACUUUCGAAUUUAAGGAAAAGAAACCCGGAUUAUAAUUCAACCUCAGGUUAGCGCUAAUCGUCCUUUGAACAACUGAGCCCUGGUUAAGUCUGUUUCAUGGGCUUUUUGAUAUUUUAUUGGUAGGUGAAUCUGUUGUUGAAGAUUUUUCUCCAGAGUUUGGAGCCCUGCCUCAGUUUUAUUGAUUACUGGGUUACAUCAGGACUGGUUUGUGACCCACACAGUGAAUUCUUUAUUGAAAGGUAAGUUAAAGUAUACUCACCUCUAUCACUUGUACAGAGCUGCCAACAGUCGGUCAUUGGAUGAUGACUCACACUAAAUAUGCCCAUGUUCGACGAAAUCCUGUCUGCAGUCAGACACGAUGGCCAGACAAAUCUAAUACGAAAGACUGUCAUUUUGUACCUUAAGAUUUGCUUAGUAAUUUGGAUUUACAAAAAGAGAAAUAAUUUAACAUCUUGUAUUCGGCCAACUUUUUAUCUGGAUUGUCUGACUAAAACGGUGACUUUGGUUGGACAUAUGUCCGCACCAAAAACAAAAUUAUUUGCAGACCUGCUUGCCUAAAGCUACUGUAAGCUAAGCAGGACUAGUAACCAACAAGACCUAGUGUUUCAGAGGCUUUCUUUUGAACUUAAACAAAGUGGUUAUGGACUUGAAUCUGCCUCGUUCCCAGAUGUCUGUCUCUCAAUGUAAAUUUGCGCUCAAAGAAAGUUGGAAAGGAGAAAACGGGCUUUCUCCUGCCCAUGGUCCCUUGCGCUUCGUCACCAGUCACUCGCAUUUCGCGCAUUCGCCUUUGUUUGCGCCUGAUGAGGAGACAGGAUUUGAAUUAUGUUUGACACUCCACUGAAAGAUAAUUCAUUUGAUUUUGUUACACAGAAACGAAGAUAUCAGUGUAGACAGUUCAUCAUUUUGGUCUGAAGGCGUGAUUCUUAGAAGCAAUGAUCAACUAAAAAACCCUGUUGUUCCUUGCUUUUUACAGGAGUUUGUCAAUCAGGUGAUGUGAACAAUUCUUGUUAACCAACUUCGCAAUGAUAGGAAGAGCCAAAUGUGAUAAACAUCAAGAUUUUGUAACAAUCAGAAGCAUGUGUUUCUGGUAAUAACUCAUUUCCCUUUUCUUUUUCACAGAUAUUUCGUGCUGGUAAAUCUGUGGAAUUAACCCAGGGACUCGGAAAGGUAGAAACCUUUUUUUGAAUUAUUUUUACUACUUAAAGACGUUUCAAAGAAGGAGUACACAAAAGGGGCGUAAAUGUAAUACAAACCGUCCUUGCUUAGCAUUGCUACUUGCGGGUUUGUAUGAAAGGAAUAUUGUUUCUGUAUUGAUAAAUACAGUUGAACUGCCAUUGAGAAGCCACCCUCAGGGUACGGCGAGUUACCGCUUAAUGGAGGUUAGCCGCGCAAAAGAGGAUCGUCAUAAAUUAGCAUAAUAUUUAGCAGAAACAUCACUUUACAGUGACUUUAUCUGGAAACAUACAACCGACGGGGGCAGCAUUACUGGUCCACAAGCAGUCGUGAGCUUCUAUCUCGGACUUAAGUUUCCUUCAUCACAUUCUUAAAGUAAAGCCAAACUAAGUGUAUCAAGCGCUUGAUGGCCGCUUAAUGGUGGUGAAAACAAUGGGAGAACUCUUGUUGGGAUGGCCAAAAGGUGGCCGCGGCUGAAUGUAAGUUUAAUAGAGGGGAGAAGUGUGACGUCAAGUUACUUUGGUGACAUAACUUCUGGGUCUCAAUGGUGCCAGUUGCAUUGGCGAACGAUGGUUAAAACUUAUGGGCCACCGUUUUGCUCCUGAUUGCAAUCAUGUACAGGAAAGUUAUAAAGUCGUUUUUCUGCCAUAUUUGCAGGAUCAAGGUUUGUCCAGAUCCAGAAAUUUGGUACCAUGCAUCGUGACGUAACGACUUAUCCUUUCUAUUCCCCAUUCUUUACUACAAUUGUUUGUGGACCUUGGUUACUGGCCACCUAUUAGGUCUGGUGGCCGCUUAAUGGAGGUUCAACUUUAAUGUUGUAGUUGUUAACUUGUUAUAUUUACAGGUCUAGGGGUACCACCCCCUCCCCUCCCCCCCCCCCCUUUAAAGUGAAAUUUUGCAUGAUUUUAAAAGAAUGCUCAGUAAAAUAAAUAGUACCUCUAUAGUACCCCCCUUCCUCUUUCUGACUUUUCUGGAUUUGUCCCUGAGUUGGAGACGUUUUGAUCGACAACUGCGUGUGGCCGACUUCUAUUUGCAGCAUUGCAGUCAAAUCUGUCGUCAUGGGACUCCCACACAUCUGAGAGAUACUUCCCUGCCCCUAGAACGAAUAUUUACUAUAUUCUUUUGCCCUUCUUCAGUCGUCUUAUUUGACUUUCUACAAGGCUAACAGCUCUCUAGCCUGAGAAAACACCCGACAUUUGGCGAAGCCACUACUGGUCUCCCUGCGGAAUAGCGUCUGAGGAACGUGCGCAGAAAUUCCAUACUGAUGACGUGUCACUACCCAGAUCUGGAUAGUGCUUUUGAUUGGUCGUGGGAGGGAAAUUUGCUUUAACCAAUCGGGAGCAUUGCGUGACACGUCAUCAGUAUGGAAUUUCUGCACUCGUUUCUCAGACGUCAUUUCGCGGGGAAACCAGUGGUGGCGUCGCGAAAUGUCAGCUGUUUUCUUAUGCUAAUAAAAAUCCAAGAUGGACACUUAGUGUCAGCCCCAGCUGUGUCCGUUUUAGAGAAAGAUGACUACAAGAUUUUCUCGUUGUGGUAUUAUGUAAUCCAGUGCUUCUUUCAAAAGCAGCAGUUCUCGAAUUUUGAACUUUUCGUACAAUUGUAAUUAACAGGCUUAGCAAAUUUUUUCUUAUCUUGGCAGAUGGGUGAAUAUCAUUCUUCAAGAACACAAGGUUGGUUGAUUCAGGGGCGGUUUAUGGUUGACAUUACGCUAUUUAUAUUUAAUUGACAUAUGCUUUGUUAUUUGACGGUAGUUCACAUGUCCAUUGGAUAUCUUUUGUUUUUGGAUAGGAUCACUAUACCAGCAGUUUCUGGAUGGACUUUUGACCGAGUUACCAAGUUAUCGUUGUAAGUUUAUAUUUGCGAACACAGUUUUAGAGAGUAGGUUAACUAAUGAAAGGAAACUAAACAAAAUACCUUAAAUCCUCUAUGAAGCCCUCCCCUCAAAAAUAAGCUCCGCCCUCUCUUUAAUAACCUUUCCUUUUUCGGGGGAACAAAUUCAAUAACCCCCCUCUCUUUUAAUUCCCCCACGUCCCUCCCUCCUUAUUAUUCUUCACAUCAAAUUUUAUAAGUUGUAAUACUAGUCACUCCUAGUGGACUGAUCCGGUAUGGUUUAUUCACGUGUUGGAAGUUGGGAUUUGUUUUUAAUAUUCAGCUGCAUGACCUCCAACAACCUCCUUCAUAUACUUGAACUUUUCCACUUUGCUUUUUAGUUAUGUAUGGAAAACUGAUACCGUCAUUCUCGUGAAAUUAACUAAGCUCCCUUCUCAAAAAAGCCUCCCUCAAUAGUGUCCACUCCCCCCCCCCCCACACCUCCCCUCAUGGGCCCAGAGUUAAUUCUUAAUCCGUGUUUCUUUUUCUUUUGCUCAAAGGCAUUUCCUCGCAUAAUUUUCUCUAUCCUUUUUAAAGCAUCCAAUCACCAAAUUGUAGGCAUGAACAAUCAAACUCAAUUUGCUUUUCUAUCUUUCAAAUGUGAAUUCAAAUUUCGCACUAACCUUGGGUUACCUUAACCAAGCUUUGAGGAACAUAUCGGCCCUGAGGGCUUAAUAAAGGAUCUACGGUAAAUAGAUAAAUGAAUACGGAAAUGAGCAAAUAAAUAAAUAAACAAGUGAAUAAUAAAAAGAAAAACAAUGGUGAUAGCGCAUCUACGGGCUGGUUCUCUGUCUCCCUCUUCGGAUUGAAUUGGAAAUUGGACGUGCUGCAUGGGUUUGUUGAAAGUGAAAAACGAGAACACAGGCCUCGAGACAAACCGAUCCCCCGAAGCAAGAGCAAGAACCGGUGACUGAUCCAUGGGAGGGCCCCCCCCUCCUCCUUAUUUUUGGACCAAACUGAGGCCAGAAGGACCGAAAAAAGUUUGGGGGAGACCGGGCCCCCCUUUAUCCAAGGGUCUGGUUGACCCCCCGCAUUGUUCGAGUAGAAGAUUUUUGUUGUCGUCUUUGUUGUUGUGUCAGUGGAGACCUUUAGAUUCGAGGACGAGAACGACUACAAGUACGAGAUUUGACUGAAAGUUUUUUCGCCUAAAAUGAAAAAAAUAGACACCUCGAAAAGCUUCUUUAUACUUUUUGUCCACCAGAAAGGUCAGCACUUUUCUUUUUAUUGAAGGAGGUUAAACCCUCUCCCGAUCGCAAAAUGAUAAAACUUCUAACAUUUUAUAACUUGUCUCCGCCACUACGACACUCUCGCUCAAACACGUAGCUGAAUGAAGACGGCUAUCACAUUUUCCCGUCAAAAAGACACUGGUUCACGUGUGAGCAGUACUUAGAACCUCUUAGUAUUGAGAAAAUCUUGUAGUCGUAGUCGUCUUCGUCUCAGAGUAAGGUCUGUAGUGACUCUGUUUAUUGCUUUACAGCUCCAGAAGACAGUGGCUUAGGUGGGGACUCUAAUCAAGGAAACCUUCUUGAUACUAUAGCUGAUUCUAAUCAAGUACUAUCAGUAAUCUCUGAUGCCGGUGACCAUGUCCUGAAACUCUCAUUCAUGGACUCAUCGCCUCUUAACCAAAGCACAUUCUCAACCAAAAGGUAUACCUAUAAUUAAUUAAUUAAUUAACUUUUUGCAAGCUCAGCAGAAACAAGCUCAAUGAAUAGUAAUUAGCUAGCCGUGUGUAUGGUUGGCUAACAGUGCCUGAUGGUAGUUGGUGACCAUUCCAUCUAUGUGUUACAUCUUUGUUUACUCAGCAGGGGCGUAGCCAGCCCUUAGACCUGUAGGCCCGGGCCUACAAAUUUUUGAUAAAUUAUGCGUUGUUGGGGUGAGCUAAAAAGCUUAAGAGCUCAAAGUGUCGGUGAGGUCAGUGUAGUCACGCUUGUAAUGUUCAGGAUAUGUGGAAAUGAAAGUCAGCCAGGCCUACAAUUGGUCGAAAAGCUGGCUACGCCCCUGCUUAGUGUAAAAGGGAUUCUCAAUGUAAGAUUUCACCCUAAGAAUAUCGAUUGGCCCUUUAGAGCUAGUCAUUCACGUGCUACAACGCUUCCAUGCUGGAGAGUAAAGGACGCACAGGGACAAGACAAACAAAAACCUUACAUAAUUUAAAAUGGUAAUUUCGUUUGUGUUUCUAGUCCCAGUGUAUGUCUUUCUCUCCACUGAUGGCGGUUUUGUACCACGUGAAUGACUAGCUGGUGAGAGGCAAUAGGGACAGUGGAACUAAGAUCCCAGUACCUUUUCGCCUACGAUCAUACAAAAAAGGAUCGAAUCAGUACCACAGCGAACCGCUAAGAGAACAGUACCCAUCACUGUCUAACAAUUGAUGAUCGAAAUCCACCAUUUGUGAAAUCCGAAAUGCAACAAUCGCUAACAACUACAGUGCCAAUAGUAGCCCAGCUCAACGUUUUGACACCAUCGUCUGGUACGUAGUAGCAGGUAAAGGUCGAAACGUUGCGAUUAACAACAAAUCGACCAUCGUGAGACAACUUCCACGCACAUUACUUCAGCUGGCUUGCUUUGCAAUGAUGAGACAAGCCAGUUUGAUCGUAUUAUAAUUACCCCCAUCUAUGACUUCCCGCGUUUGACCAAAAGCCUAGAUUACCGUUUGUAAUGAAUAACUCGCAAGGAAGUACGCGAGUCAAACAAUGAAAGUCAAAUCUCCUCUUUAGGGUGGUUGUGAAAGGAAUUGUUUAAACAAAAUUGCUAGCAGAUGUCUUUAAGUCCAAUUUUAACAAAGGUCCUCUUUAUUUGUCUUCUAUUGAAGCUCUGUUGAUGGAAAGCUUGAAAGAAUCUGUUCAGGUAUGUGGCGCAUGCAACUGAAUAAGCUUUUUGAUGGCUUUAUAUACAGUAGGUAGUUGGCUGACUUGGAAAGUGCAAGGAUGCGCUGGUUUUCUCUGUGCAUCAAAGGAGAAUAAACUGAAGCAGAGCAUGCGUGUGCGCUGUUUUUAGGCAAAAAUGAUCAGAGCAUGCGCGAGCUCUUUGGGGUCGGGCAACAGGAACAACUCUUUUCUCAUAAGAACCGCUCGUUAAAGUUGACUCGGCUCGGGUGACUCUCUUUGUCGGGUCAACUUUUCUCCAUGGUUUCUCUAUUUCCUUGCUCAAUUUUUCAUUUCCAAAUGUAAAACUUGAAAUCCAUCUCUUUGCUUUAUUUCAGGUAAAUGAUAUUUACACAAGAUUAUUUCUCUCGUUACAGGUGUUGUAGGUCUGUUAAAGCCCGUGAAAAUAUUACUUCAUGAAUGUCUCACACCUCUUAUUGAGGAACGUUGUUCGCAGGUCAGUGAAACAGCUGUUUUCAAAUCAUUGUUCAGUUUAUAAAUAAAUUUCAUAUCAUUGUAGAAGUAUAACCUGAGAUCAGACUUUAUUUUCUUUUCGUUUGGUAAAUGAAACUCCUAUGGCCUAGUCGAAAAAAGAGCGCAUCAUUUUUUUGCGCGGCCCCAAAUAGAGACCUGGCUUAUCUCAGGUUAGUAACAUUGGCACCAAAGUGAUCUUCAUGUGAUGUCAUUAUUAUAGGGAAGCAUUUCAGUUGUUCGUCUUCUGAAAACAGAGUUUUGUCUGCUGGAUCAUUUGGCAGCGAUGAGGGUGAGUAAAGUACAGUACCGUACAGUACAGUUUAAUCCUCCAAUCAGUACUCAUAAAGACUUGACCGAAACCGGUAACGCGCGCACGAAAAAUCUGUGGCGCCCAGGGUAGCCUUGCUGUCGCGGCUUCGCGCGAAUUAUCAGGAAUUAGGGAAGAAUGAAAACCCACCAGUAUCCAUAGCCGCAUAGCGGAGUUGCCAGUGUUACAUUUUUCUAACCAGGACUUCUCUGACAGUCUUCAAUGCUGAAAUGCAAUCGGUAAUUUAUGAACGUCUUUACUUUUUAUUAUUUCGUAGAACUUCUUUCUUUUGGAGGCUGGCGAUGCAAUGCAUCAGUUUUAUGUCGAGAUAUUUAACAAGGUGAGAACUUGUCUGAAAGACACUCGAUUAACAAUUACAUUAUUACUGAUGAAGCAGUUGUCAAUGGUAAAUGGAGGAAGAUUGAUUGUUUUACGGUCAGGAUUUUACAAUACAGACUAUUGCUACAAAAACCUUUUUUUGCGUAUUUUUUCUUGUUCUUCUUAAUAUUCAUUCUUUGGCUGCAAUAGCCGACGCUCCUGAUCGAACGUCAAAAUUCUAACAUGACUCCGAGGCUUUUUGGUCAUUUUUCUAUGUUUGGUUUGGUUUUCUUUGUGCUCAACUCUCUUGGGAAUUGCGAGAAAAUGGAGUCGUGUAAAAUUAGACUGCGAACAGUCUCAGGCUCUCUUUUGUCUUCAGAUUUAGUGAGGGGAUUGCAUGCGCGCGCGAGCGUCGAGCAGCAAAGCCGCGAGACGCGAGAAACGAGGGCGGCAGCCCUAGAAGCCUCUCCCGUCUCGCGCCUUCAGCAAUGUGCGUGGUCAGGAGCCCAUCAAAUGGAGCCUCCAUCUCCCAUACAAGCCCUUGGAGUCAACCCUUUCCCGAGUAGAUUUAUAAUUAGAACGGUUCCCAGGGGAGACUUCGCGCACCGACGGUGGGAAGAGCCAAUCACAACGACUAAAUGACACUGCUAUUGUACUUCAUGAAACAGCAGGAAAUCCGGUGCUGACAGGCCAAACAAAAUCAUAAGCUAGUGAAACGUGACUUCAGCGUUUUCAUCCCUCAGAGAUUUUCUUUCUUUUCUUUCUAGCGGGUAGAUUAUACUGUGGACAGUUUUAAAUUUUGACUAUGUUAAUCUUAAUUUUGGUUGCUUGUCUCACAUUAAGAGGCCAUGAAGCUGGUCUGUUACAUGCGUAAUGAUUAACCACUACCUGCAGUCUGUAGUUCUGACAGGAUUCGUUUUCUUUAGCCAAUUUUUUUUAGCGUUAAGGUCCUUAUUUCGGCUAAAUGACUCAAUAUUAAUCAAAUUUCUAGUUUUUCAAGUUUUUAUCCGAAAUGCGUUUGUCUGAAUAAAUACUGUGGUUGUUUUGUCCGUCAGUUAGUGUGACGAUUCCCUGCUUUGUUUUGUAACGCCGAGCCCAGCCAUUGUUUUCUUGCAAAAAAGUGAUCUACAGAUGCAAAUUCGAAGGAAAGAAUUGGCCUAAACUUCUACAUUAAUUGCUGAGAAUUCUCCUGUUUGUCAGUCAUAAUUCUUUGGGCGCAGAUACAAUCCAUUUUGUUUUUCUUGAGAUAAGAGGGUCUUUGGACUGGAGCGCGAUGUCACAAAUUCCACCGUUAGCAAAUUACUUUUGAGUUAGCUUCACAGUCGAGCAACAGUUCUCUUCUGUUCAAAUUUCAAGUGCCAGUUUUAUCAGGCAACUCUCAUGGUGAUACAAGUCAGUUGUAAAGGAAGACUGCAAUUUUUCUGAAGCAUUCCUCCUUAGUUGCUACUUAGGUCAUCGCUUUUGCUCGCGGUGCUUAACUGGCGAAAUCCACUCCACGGCGAUGACAAAAAUCAAAUGAUCCUGGCACUUUUUCGGCGCUGAUCAUCGAAAAGUUUCAAAUCGUCCACAGAACGCUUAAUCGUCGACUCUUUUCAAGGUGCAGGCUUAGAUGUGGGAUGUAUGACGGCAAAAAAAACAAAAACAAAAACAAACACUCACAAAGAACCUUUCCGUGAUCCUCAGUUCGCUGCCUUUGUCCCAUCGCUUCAUGCUCAGUCUCAGUCGGGUAAUUCAUUAACUUUUAUUUCAUCCCAGAUCCCAGCGGCUGUAAAACUGUAAAAAUGGACGUAUAGUAAAAAAGGAAAACGGUCGAAGGACGGGCUUCUGAGUUCGACUUCAUCCAACUUCAUUUUUUUCACGGUGACAUACGAGACUCACGGAAAUAUGACACUUUUCGCGGGAAACAAACCGUUCUAUUUAUAAAUCUACUCGGGAAAGGGUUGACUCAAGAAAUUAAUGGAGAUGGAGGCUCCAUUUGAUGGGCUCCUGACGUGGUCAUUUUCGUGUGUCGCGCCUUUUGCUCGACGGACUGAGAAAAAAGAAAGACUGCUCCUAGUGUAUGAAAAACUUGCAAUUUUGUCGCUAAGCCUCGGAGUCAUUUUAGAAUUUUAUUAUAUCAAACGUGGGCUAUCAGCCAUUCUAAAGUUACGCGUGAGACUGGCUCCGCCUUAUGUCGAAUUGCACCAUGGGAUUGUUUUGGAGAGGCUGUCGCUUCUUUUAUUGGCAGGCUCAGAAUUCACCUCCCCUUCCCCCGCCCCCUUUCCCCCCUCCCCGAGUCCCAUGGUGCAAUUCGGCAUAACAAGGCCAAAGACUAAUCAAGCGCAACUUUAAAACGAGCAAUCGCGAAGAACAGUUGUAUGAAUGAUGCAGGUUACAGUGUAUAUGUGCAUUCGUAAUUAGGAAAACUAAUAUUUUUUCCUUUUUGCUGUACUUAUGAACGGUGAUAAAACUUUCAGGCGAGAAGACUUGAUCCAUGGCAGGACAUUUCAUUCUUGAACAGUUUAAUGCAAGAAGCACUGCAACCUCGCUUUCCUCAAGCUGUAGACAGGUGAAUACAGCGUAUAAUUUCUUUUAAAAAAUCUGGGAAUCGGUUACUUUUUGGGAGUAUUUAGCAUCUUAAAAUACACGGUAACGAGUGUUAUUAAAAAAAGGAUAAAAAUUGCGUGCAUUGACAACCCUGCAAUAUAACAGAUAACAACAUUUUUCCCCUUUAUUGGCGGAGCUCAACAUUUGCCACUCUUCGUAAUUUUUUAAAAGACAUAAUGUAUUCAACACUAAUGCUCCUGAUAAUAUGCAGGACGUGUGACAUAUAAGAGAUUGAGGUUGAGAUUUGCUCUUGUGCGUUAGUAAUUAAGGUAUCAAUAUACGCUUGGGAUUAUUAUUCUGGCAGUAAACGAAGCUUCAAAUUUUUGGAGAAGUCCAGGACACUAAGGUGUUAUAAAUUAAAGAGAAUUUCUUGAGUGAUUGUCGCAGUGUAAGUUAUGGUUUGUUUCCCAGAAUUAUAUAUCGUACGGACUUUUGAUUUGUAUAGGUUUUGUUUGGACGCAUAACGAAUGUUGUAGCCAUAGGCAUUACCAGCAUAUUGGGAAAAAAUAAAACGGUCUUGGCAAAGCAAAACGAAACGAUAAACGUUGUGUGCUGUCAGAACCUGACUGCGAGUUACACCCGGCCGGUAUUCGCCAAGAAGGGAACUGGGCCGAGUUAACCUGUUUUCGCAAAGACUUCUGGGACUGUAAAAAAAAAUUGGCCAAUAGAUGAACGGCGAGGACGCUGUAGCGAUCCCAGAGACAAUUGCGGGACGCAUUUCGACUCCAGUUCCCUUGCCGUCUCUAAAGUGGUGAAUUGUGGGGAGCGUCCGGUCGGACUCAUAUUUCUUCCAAGAUUUCUUUCUUCAGGCGUUCACUAAGAAGCCUGCACCCUACAUCACGUCUGUGCAUUAUCUGGUCGUAAUGCACAUUCCAAGACAUUUUAUAUCGUUACUAUUCAUACAGUUAUACUGUAGUUAGAAGAACUAGGGAUAGAUUGUUGCUCGCUGAUUCCCAGUAUAUUUCUUGUUCUUAUUCAAGGUUGGUAGUAAGUUUAUCAGCAACAAGCUCCAACGGCCGUAAACAGCUGGGUCAAUCUUUACAGGGACUUGGACUCACCUACAAGGUAUUCAUAUUGUUGACUAUAAAUACAUUUUUGUAAUUCGUCCAAGUUUUGCAAAUUAACUCAUUCUCUCGUUCUCAAAGCAUGCCGUUCCUUUUAUUGACACAGUUGUUGAAACAAGAGAUAUCUUUCAAACCGGAAAAAUACCUUAGAAAGGCUUUGGGACGAGAAUUUUCCAUGUAUCAGUGAUGAUUUGAGUAGUGCUAUCCAGUUUGCGUUAGUAACUUAUGGCAAAGUUAUGAGUUUGUUGAGAAAUGUUCUCAUAAUUUGUUCUCAUUUUCUUUUAGGCUCCCUGGCCAGUUAACAUUGUUAUUGAUGGUUCCUGUCAGAAGCUGUACAAUUUAGUGUUUCUCUUCCUUUUGAAACUAAAACAGGCAAAAUGGAGCUUAGAUGAACUUAGAUUUUCAGGUAACCACUACCUUUUAUAACUGUAGAAGAACUAAAAGUCCAGUUCAAAUGGUGUCCGUUUUAGACAGUUCAUUGUAGUUAAGGUAGCCAUUAGCCUGCGAAUAUAGCCGUCUUUCCGCGCUCUUCGUCGAUGCGAAACGUCCCUAGCCACGGCGAGAAGCGACGAGAGACGGUUGUAUUCGCAGGCUAAGGUAGCCAUUUUCUUUGUUAGACCUUCAGGGUGACAGACGAUUGCCACAGGAGAAAGAUGACGUGAGUGAUGAAGAUGAAGCAGAGACCAAACCAGACACAGAUGAUUCCAGGAAACCUGAUCAGGAUCUCCUACACAAAAUGUUUGUUUUCAGAUUUAAGCUGAUGCAGUUUAUCAACAGCAUUCACAAUCACUUUAUGACGAGAGUACGUUGAAAUUUGCGUUCAUGUGGUUAUGGAGCUUACGUAACUACGAUCGAGACGGCAACGGCAACGGUAACGAGAACGUCAACGAAAAGAAAAGGCCUUUAUUAAGGAAAACAACAAUUCUGGCCUUUUCCAGGCGUUCAGACAGUGGAAGGUGGCGCGAAAUGGAGAGCGGAGGGAAAAAAAGAAAGCCCUCUCUCCUUACUCCCACCCCCUCUUUACUUACUCCCACCCCCUCUUUCCUCCUGACCCCACCCCCUCUCUCCUUACCCCUACCGUACCCCUCUCUUGUUUCUUUGCGCCGUAUCCACUAUCUGAAUGCCUGAAACAGGCUAAUUUUAGCACAUUUCGAUUCCGUCACUGCACUACUACGAAGUGAAAUUUCCUAACUUCUAACUUCAAGUUUUAUGGAGGACGUCGUCAGAAGAUGAAGUUUUUCUUUUUCUUUCCCUGAACUUGGAUACGGUUUUUAAGAAUUCAACUCCAGAAAUAUUCGGCUAGAUUUGACAAAUUUUUGCGGAGUAAUGUAUUUAUCGCGAUGAAUUUUGAAACAGCGCAAAUUCCCUUUUUAACUUUAACUUUUUAACUUCCGUAGCUCUCGUGGUUCCGUAUGUCGCCUAGUGAUGAGAAGAACGGAGAAUCUGUAAAGAUGAUGUUACACAGGGAGAUUCGCAACGACGAUUUUUAGCGCAACACAGCGUUGCAAUGUUAGAACAAUGCUGUAACCACUCAAAACAAUGCGUGUCGCAACGCUGUGUUGCGCUAAAAGCGAGUAGUCUUGUGUAACAUCACCUUAAAAUUUCUUUACAACUCCAAGUACGUGAAAAGAAAACGAGAUACAGGAGGAAUUAAGUUAUUGCCCUCGUAGUUGCGUAAGGUUCCUUAUUAAAACUCAACAGCUGUUUCGUAUAUUAAUCUUGUAUCAUUGUCAGCUAACAAACAUAGUUUACGUAACCUGUUGUGAAAUGUAUGCUCUUGGCAUCGUAUCCAGUUAUCUGCCUUAAAGUAUACAGAAACUGUGAGAAACUCACUUUUAUAGUAACGAUAUUCAAGUGAUGGAACCUUUGGUAAUAAACACCCACUUAUCUUCUACCCUAACUGCUUAUCCCAUUGGACCUCGCAUCUUUGACCUGCACAGCGGAAGCGAUCUCUGUCGAGUGCCAAUCUUCCAACUUCUGUUAGGGACGUAUCGAAAAUAUCCCGUAUGUCCCUUUCCCACUGCCGUCUUGGUCUUCCCCUUUCUCUUUUCCUGUCUAUCUUUCCUUCCAAGAUGAUCUUUCCCAAGCCCUCACUUCUUUUCAAAUGGCCAAAAUACUUCCCAGCUUUUGUUUCUUUAUACAAAUGAGGUCCUCCCUAAUUGACUUACUUGUUCUGUGCUCCGACCAUGAUAUUUUUAAACGUUUUCUAUAGCACUUCAUUUAAAAGUGUUACUUCUUUAUAAGGUUGUUUUUUUAAAAAACUACUAGUGUUCAUAGGCGUACUUGUCCAAUUUCUUUCGUUUUGAAUGAUAGAUUUUGCAUUCAACUGGACUGGAAUUUCAACAAACCUUAAACCAGGUACUUAUUCUUACAUCUCUGAUUGAUAUAACCGGCAAAUAAUGAAAAUUGAAAUCGAAUUUGAACUGUAUAUCUUUUUUGAUAGGCUCAUAAUCUGGAUGAUCUCAUCAAAGCACAUUCAACGUACAUUCAGAAAGUAUACGACCGAUGUUUACUUAGUCAAAAGGUAUGACAAGCCAUUGGCGGAUCCUUAAUUUGAGUUAUUCUCAACUGUCAUGUCGCGAGUGAAUAUUGAUAAGCUGUAGCCUCCCCGCAGACGUCCUUUGGGGUUCGUUUGUCACGCAUUCAUUUCGAAUGCGUGACAAACGAACCCCAAAGGACGUCUGCGGGGAGGCUAGAUAAGCUGGUCGUCGUCUUUAGUAUAUUUUGAAAUACAUCAUCAAAUCUUAAGUCAUUUUCAAUCGUAUUUAAGAUAUGUACCUUAUAGCUAAUAAAGUGUUAUAUUUGUGUGAAAGUUAGCCAAAAGAACAGCGAAGGGCCCACGUAGCAUCACUCUCCAUUCUGCGCCAAUCUCCACUAUCUUAACGCGUGAAAGUAGUCUUAGCAAUACAUGUUCAUGAUAAGAACAAGGACGAUUUACUUUCAAACUUCCUUGCCUUGAAUAUAAGUUAAUUUCUAAAGCCCAGUUUCGCCUCAUAUCAUCGUCCAGACCGUGUCGUUCGUCUCUGAUUUUUUUGGACAUUUCACGCGAAUAUAUAUAUGAACAUCAGCCUGUUUCCAGUCUGUGAAAACAGCCGACAUUUCGGGACGCCAUCUCUGGUUUCUUGCGAAAUGACUUCUGAGGAACGACGGCAGAAAUUCCAUACUGAUGACGUGCUAGUUUCCAGAUCUGGGUAGUGCUUCUGAUUGGCUGAAGCAAGUUUUCUUUUUCCUUGUCAGGUUGGAUAUUUAAGAGAAGUAAUCCUUAAAGUCCUCAAUUUAGUUCUGUUGUUUCAGUCCUACUGGGACAAUGGCAUCCAACACAUCAGGUGGGGAAAAACUUUGUGUAGAUGUAUAUUAAAAACGUUUCCAUUUCCCCGUUGCCUCAAGCCUCUGUUUCAAAGCGAGGCUAAAUGCGAAGCCAUUGAUUGAAGCCAGGUUUUGAGGCACUCAGCCUCGGUUUGAAACUGAUAGUGUUUGGAACCUGAAAAUUGUCUGUUAAGACGCCACGAAAUUACCGAGGUUUUCAAAACUUAUAUUUUCGCCCUUUUCUAAAAUUCCUUAAACAUUUCUUAUUGUUUUUUCGUAUCUUUUAUUGCACAUAAUUUUUGUUAUUUUAAACCUGUUAAGUUCCCAGAGUGGCCAACAUCAAUUUUCUCGUGUAUAAUAUUUUCAACACAUGAUCAAGAGAUAAGGUUGUGAGGAUCAAUAAAAUGUUCACAAAAGGGAAGAUACUUUGAUCCUUUAUCAAAUUCUCUCAAAUAAUUCUCAAAGGAAAUGUGUCAAGAUCAGUUAAGAGAAUUUGUUUGCGGAUAUUGGGGAUUAAAAGGUUAACUCUGCCUGAGUGUCUCAGUUUAACCCUUUAAGCCCUAAGAGUGAUCAGCAUCAAUUUUCUUCUCGUAAUAUCAAUGCUUUGUAAAACAGUGUGGUCAUGAGAAUUAAGGACAUGAUCACACAAGAUGAAUAUAAUUGAUACUUCGACAAAUUCUCCCCACUACUCCUAUUGAAAACGUAUAGGGAUAACACACGAGAAUUUGAAUUUUGAUGUUAGGGUUUAACGGGUUAAACAAAGGGGCCUUUACACGCCAUCCAUCAAAGUCGCCUGUGUUUUUGAAGUCUAUUCGCCAUAGAGAACCAAGUAUCUCUCAAAUUUGAUGUACUAGAAGAUUAUCGAAGAACCGUGCACCUUACAAUAAUACUUUUCUCUGUUUUUCCUUUUUGUUUAGUGAGGAAAAGUUCAACAAGAUUGACGACGAAUUUACCAAGUGUAAUACAUUCCUUGUUUCCUGUCUUGGGAAUAUCGUGAAGCGAGGGGCAUUUCCACAUUGUAAGUCAUUUCUCUGAAGAGUUAAAAACUUUUCCUCAACAAAUUUAAGUCCUUCAUCAGUGGACAUGCUCGAAAGUUUAGUCUUACAACGUAGCUUUGAGCCACUCUUUACGGAAGGAAUGUUCCUUUCCAGGCUUUGCCUUCUUUUUGGACUGAAGAAAGGCGCACGGAGAUCGGCAUCUAACGUCCCCACUCUCACAUUUGUUGUCUCCACACUUUUCGUCGUCCUCGCUUUUCAGUGGAAAACGCACGAAAACGCCGAGGCCCUCUUUAAGAUGGGGGUGCGGGGAAGGUUUGGGAUGAAAGUUUUUUCCUCGCAACAACAUCACAUUUCGUUCAAUACCGAAUUUGUUUGAGUCGAAAGGCCGAACGCGUCAGUGUCGAAAUGGGGAAAAAAUUGGAAAGUUACCCACGCUUUGCUAAGAUAUCAAACCAACAAACCUUCAGUUUCUAUACAUCGAUAUACACUUGAAAGCUAGCUGCCGAAAACGAUUCCCUGGCGUGGAAAAAAACCCGGGAAAACAUCAACGCCCUUUAAUCUAGUGUAUCUCUGCUAUGGCACUGCCCUAUAACGUUGCCAACAUCUGGCAUUUGCAAAAGUAUUAUUUUGAAAAUAAUGGUGCAAAUCCUUGCAGCACGCUGAAGAAUCUUAAUGAGCUUUCAAACAGUUGAAGUGUAGCAAGCUACAUUUAUGACCCCCUCUCCCCCCCCAAAAAAAGGAACAGAAAAAAACAGCAACAACAACAACAAGCCAAAUUGUCCGUGUAACACUCAUAGAAAACUUCCCCACUUAUUUUGUUUCAACCUUUUUUUAACUCUUACCCCUCUCCGUUUUUCUGUUCUCAGUGGAUUCCUUGGCUUUUGCAUUAUCUUCAUCGCCAAUCCUCACAUCUAACAGCUGACAAUUUAUCCCGCUGAUGCUCAACCUGGAGAUUGCAUAUUAUACUAAUCUCUUGAAAGCACCACAUCUUAAAGUGGGGAGAUUAGCCUUUGAGACGAUUACAGACAAAUUUAGACCACAAAAACAUCACUGAAGAAGUCACCUUGUGCGUCAAGUAUGCAUGUGAUGUAACCAAGUGAUCAUACUUCAAGACCCAGUCACAGAAAACACUACAAUAUUUUCAUCUUGUUCAAGAGACCAUGUGCCUUUAUGAUCUUGACUUGUUUUGGUUAUUCUCUUGUUCUCUUAUGGGGAAGCCAAGUGGAGUGGUGAGGUCUUGGGCCACCCACAACAGCCUGAUAGAAACAGCUCUGUGUCUACGUUAAAUUUGUCUGGUAACGAGAGGGCAAAUGACUGGAGCUGGAUAAAAACAGAUUACUAAUGCCUGUUGAAGUGCAGACAUAUAAUAUUUUAUGGAUGAGAGGCACUCAGUGCUUCAUGAGUGUUCCCCGCAUCGUUGAUUUUGAAAGCAGUGAGCGGCUCACGGGGAAAGUAGAAAAUGUAAUGCGAUCAAUGAGCUGGGUAUUCACUCAUUCGCUCCGGGAA